AUGGCCUUUUUGUUGAUGGGUGUCAACAACUCGAGACAAGAAACCAUCAUUGUCGAUCCACCAAGUAAUGUGAACAGAACACAAAUUUACAUUACACAAAACUUUGCUGAUGUGAUUGAUGCUGCAACUGCUGCCUAUAUUACUACAUCCAAGUGGACAACAAGUUUGGCAGAUUAUGGUGUGCCGUACAAUGUACCAACUUGUGCUUCCUCUCCAGAAUGGCCAUCUACAUUUGAUUUCAAAUCUGAUGUAAUGACAAUGUGUUAUGAGUUGGAAACUAAUGAUCCAUGGGCUAAUAUUCACGAAUUGGCAGGAACUUUGCUCUUAGAACAGGUCAAUAACAAGUAUAAGAGAAAUAUUCAACCACAAUUCAUCAAAUUAAAUACUACCAAAUUAGCUUAUUGGGAAACUCUCAAACAAGCUGCUAAUUUUGGAGACUGUAAUGUAAUUAUUGCUUCAAAUAAUUAUGAUUUGGUUAGAGCUUCUCAGGUUCACUUCCAAUGCAUGUAUGGAUCAUCAGGUUAUGGAUAUUUGAGAACUGGAUUGGAUUUGGGAACUGUCAUUAUUAAUUCUGAUAAGGAUAUUAACAAUACUAAUGUAACUGUUGGCACAUUUACUGGAACAAUUUAUGAUACCUAUGUCACUAACAAUUUCCAAGCUGCCAAAAUCACUAGAAAGAAUGCUGGUUGGGUGGAUGUUUUCCAAAUGGUUGUUGAAAACAAGAUUCAUAUUAUGGUAGCUGAAGCUACUGAUUUGCGUAAUUGGUUAAGCAAGAAUCAAUAUCGAUGCGCCAAUUGCACAACCAAAAUUAUGGGCAUUCCAUUCUCAUACAGUUCGUUUGUUACAAAGAAUAUUAUCAAAUCUGCAAGCUCCACAAUUGUCAUGAAUUUGGCAGUUGUGCUGAUCAGCUUGUUGGUUGGCCUUGUUUGUUUUUGA